AUGGCCGAAGAGAAGGUCGCAAAAGACCCAGUGGUCGAGAAGCCGGAAGAUACUCAGAAUGAGUUCGAGACAUCCAGCCAAGUGCUUCCGGGCGAAAAGACGGGCUCAGUCUCCGUCCUGGAUGAUGACGCUCAUACCAAGGCGUUGACUCGGAAGCUUCUCUGGAAGCUUGAUACAAGAAUUCUUCCUGUUCUCGCCCUACUUUUCCUCUGCUCUUUCCUCGACCGUACCAAUGUCGGAAACGCGAAGAUCCUUGGUCUUGAAAAGGAUGCCCAUCUGAGCAACAGUCAAUAUGCAAAUGGCCUUGCCAUCUUCUUCGCCUUUUACAUCGCUGCCGAACUGCCCAGUAAUCUCGUUCUUAAGAAAUUCAGCCCGAGACUGUGGCUGGCCUUUCUCACGGCCGCCUGGGGGAUCAUCGGAAUGUGUCUGGGUUUCAUUCGAAACUAUGGUGGAUUCUUGGCCGUCCGGGCAUUUCUAGGCCUUGCAGAAGGAGGAUUGUUGCCAGGCAUGGUGCUCUACUUAUCGGGCAUGUAUACCAGAGGCGAGUUGGCCCUUCGCAUAGGACUGUUCUACACCAGCGCAUCUCUUGCUGGAGCCUUUGGAGGUCUUUUGGCACGUGGUCUUUCAAGCAUUGGGGCUACUGGAAGCGUUGUUGAUGCCGGAUGGCGGUGGAUUAUGAUUAUCGAAGGUCUUUUGACCUUUGCUGCUGGAGUGGCUUCAUAUUUCCUACUCCCAAACAGCGUAUCAACAGCCUGGUUUCUGAAUCCCGAGGAGCGAGAGUUCGGUAAGACGAGGCUACGGAACGAUACCUCCGCGCAUCUGCCGGACGGCCAGCAUUCUGAGGGAGUUGAGAAGUUCCGAUGGUCGGAAGUCCGGCGAGGAAUACUCAAUGUCCAGCUGUGGCUGACCGCGACAGCGUAUUUCUCAAUCCUUUCUGGCUUGUACUCCUUUGGCUUGUUCCUGCCAACCAUCAUCAAAGGGCUGGGUUACACGGCGAAUGAAGCCCAGCUGUGGUCUGUCAUUCCUUAUGCCGUUGCGGCUGUCAUCACAGUGGUCGUGGCCGUCGCUUCGGAUCGACUGAAACUUCGAGGUGUCGCGAUGCUCUUCAGCUUGCCGCUGGCUAUCAUCGGAUACGCUGUGAUAGCCAAUGUCAGCGAGCACGACAACCACACAAAGUACGGCAUGACAUUUUUGAUGGCUACAGGAUUGUACGCGAGCGUUCCACCUGUCCUGGUAUGGAACUCGAACAAUUCUGCUGGACACUACAAGCGUGCCACAACAAGCGGUAUGCAGCUGGCUAUAGCCAAUGCAGGUGGAUUCGUCAGUGCUUUCAUUUAUCCAUCCACUGAAGCUCCUCAGUACCACAAGUCGCACACCAUCAUCUUGGGAUUGCUGGUCUAUGCAUGGUUCGCGAUAUUGUGCAACGUCCUAUAUUGCGCGAAGAUUAAUCGCGACAAGGCGAACGGCAAAUACGACAAAUACAUCGGAUACGGCGAUGACCGAGAUCCGGAGUUCAAGAUGGUAUUGUAA